AUGGAUGAUAUUGAUUUUCAUCACCCUUUGUUCCUUCAUCCUUCUGAUACAUUGGGAACGGUUCUUGUUUCUCAUCGUUUGACUGAUGUUGAAAAUUACACUGUUUGGAGUCGCUCGCUUCGGAUUGCUUUGCUCGCGAAGAACAAGCUCGAAUUCAUUGAUGGUGUUUGCCUUCGUUCGGUUUAUCCCGAAUCUCUCCGUGCUCAAUGGGAUCGGUGUAAUACUUUUGUGCUUUCCUGGAUUUUCAACACUGUCAGUCCAGAUUUGUUAGCGGGACUCGUCUUUGCUUCUGAUGCUGCUGCAGUUUGGAAAGAUCUCAAGGAUCAUUUUAGCAAAGUGGACGGUUCUCGUAUUUUCUUUCUCCAUCAGUCUAUUGCGCAUCUCACUCAAGUUGAUGCUUCUGUUUCUUCUUAUUUCACACAGUUAAAGUUGCUUUGGGAUGAAUACACUACUCUUGUUUCUUUUUUCGACUGUGCAUUUCGAAGUCAGAUUCUCUUGAUGCAGCCUUUACCUUCGGUCAAUCGGGCAUACUACAUGAUUGUCCAAGAAGAAGCUAAGCGAAGUUUUUCCUCUUUUACUGGCACUUGUGAUUUUUGUAAAUUGAAAGACCAUAAAAAGGAGUCCUAUUACCAGUUAAUUGGAUUUCUACCAGAUUUUAAGUUCAAUCAUAAGAAAGCUCCUCCGUCUGCUCUUGCUGUUUCCUCUGAUGGCUCUUCCCUUCCUCCUCAGAGCGCUCCUACCUUCACUCCUCAACAAUAUUCACAGAUCCUGGAGUUGCUGAAUAAGAGUCAAGUUCCUGUUGCACCUGCUGUGAAUUGUGAUCUCUCCAAUGGCAGGAUGAAGGAGAUUGGUAGACACUCGAAUGGCCUUUACUUAUUUGAGUCUUCUUCUUCUCUGGUUAGGUCAUUUGGCUCUCCUUUGUCUUUGUCCACCUCAUUUUUACCUGCUUCUACUUCUUGUAUGACAUCUAUUGUACCUAAAAUUCUAUUAUGGCAUGCAAGAUUAGGGCAUAUGCCCAUGCACAAGUUACAUCGUUUGCCUUUCUUUAAUACUUUGACACUUAAUAAACGCUUUACUUGUUCUAUAUGUCCCAUGGCGAGAUUAUCUAAACUGUCUUUUCCUAUUAGUACUUCUAGGGCAGAGACUUCGUUUAGUCUGAUCCAUCUUGAUGUUUGGGGCCCUUAUAGGAUGCCUACUCAUAGUGGUCAUCAUUUUUUCUUAACCAUUGUUGAUGAUCACACUAGAAUGACCUAAGUGUACUUACUGAAGCUUAAAUCUGAUGUUAUUUUAGCUCUUAAACAGUUUUUUUAAUGAUCAAAACAUAAUUUUUUGCUGUUAUUAAAAUCGUCAGGAGUGAUAAUGGUUCCAAAUUUUUUAACUCCACUUGUUCGUCUUAUUUUCAGUCCUUAAGGAUAAUUCAUCAAAGUUCAUAUAUUGAUACCCCUCAGCAAAAUGGCAUUACUGAGCGUCAGCAUAAGCAUCUCUUAGAAAUUGCUCUCGCUUUACGUUUUCAAUCGAAUGUUCCAACCAAAUUUUGAGGUGAUUGUAUUUUGGCUGCUUGUUACAUCAUCAAUCGCCUUACUUCCUCUAUUUUAUCUUGACAAACACCAUUUUAACUGCUUUAUAAAAAACUCCAGAUUUUUCUCACUUUCGUGUUUUUGGCUGCCUUUAUUUUGCAGUAAAACCUUAUUAUUCUAAUAAAUUUUCUUCCAAAUCACUUCUUUCAGUUUUUAUGGGUUAUUCUUCUUCUCAAAAGGGUUAUAUUUUGUUUUGUUUAGAGUCUAAAAAGUUUUUUGUCAGCCGUAAUGUUAAAUUUGUUGAAGAUGUUUUUCCUUUUCGGUCCCCUCCUGAUGAAUUUCCUGUUUUGUUUCCCCGUACUCCUGAAAUAUUAGAUUUCGAUUUUCUCAUUAUUCCUUUUCCUACUUCUAUUCAUUCCUCUCCCAUCAAUCAUUCUCUAAGUACCCCUUCCACUAUUCCAACUUCAGUUUCGGCUUCGGUAAGUACAUCUCCCCCUUCAAACUCUCCUGCUCUGCCCGUUGUUGAACCUAGGCGAUCUAGCCGAACCAUUAGGCCUCCUUCUUGGUUACAAGGUUACAUUCAUCCCUACUAAUCUACUUCAUCCGUAUGUGUUUUUUCUACUUAUACUUCUUAUUCGCGUUUUCCUUUACAUACUCAUGCUUUUGUUUCUUCUCUUGCCAACAUCACUGAGCCUAUUUCCUAUUUUGAGGCUCGAAAGUCUCCCCACUGGAUUCAAGCCAUGCGAGAGGAAAUUCAGGCCUUAGAAUCUAAUCAUACAUGGAUUGUUGUUCCUUUGCCUCCGGGAAAAAUUCCUAUCGGCUGUAAAUGGGUGUUUAAGGUUAAACUUCGAGCUUCUGGUGAAAUUGAGAGAUAUAAAGCUCGUUUGGUUGCAAAAGGGUAUAAUCAAAAAGCGGGGAUUGAUUACUUGGAAACUUUUUCUCCUAUUGCUAAAAUGGUCAUUGUUCGAACCAUUUUAGCGCUUGAUGCUUCUUUCAGUUGGCCGCUUUAUCAAAUGGAUGUCUCUAAUGCCUUUCUUCAAGGCGAUCUUUCUGAGGAGAUCUAUAUGACUUUACCUGAAGGUUUUCGCAGCCAGUGGGAGCAUAUGGUGUGUCGGCUGUAAAAAUCAUUAUAUGGAUUGAAACAGGCAUCUAGGCAAUGGAAUGCCAAGCCUACUGAUGCUCUUAUUUUGGCUGGUUUUGAGCAAAGUAAGCAUGACUAUUCUUUUUUCAUUAAAAAGAAAGAGGGCAAGAUGGUUAUUUUACUGGUGUAUGUUGAUGAUCUUCUUAUCACUGGAAAUAACAUGGACAUGAUUGCUGACUUGAAAGGGAUUCUGAACCGGAAUUUUAAGAUGAAGGAUUUAGGAGAAUUAAGAUACUUUCUUGGGAUUGAAAUUUUAAGGUCUCCAGAAGGCAUUUUGCUAAAUCAGCUAAAGUAUGCACAAGAACUCAUCCAAGACACUGGUCUAAGUGACGCAAAGGUUGCUCUUACACCACUUGAGCAGAAUCAAAAACUAACAACAGUAGAAUUUGAUGAAGUCACUCAGCAGCAUUAAAAAGAUAAGUUGUUAGAAGAUAAAACAGUUUAUCAGAAACUCAUUGGAAGAUUGAUCUAUUUAACCUAUACAAGACCAGACAUCACAUUUGCUGUUACUCAUCUUAGUCAGUUUAUGCAAAAUCCAAAACAAUCGCAUAUAGAAACAACAUUGAGAGUAGUGAGAUAUAUAAAGAGGGAUCCAGGGCUUGGAAUUUUUUUGAAGGCUAACAAUAAACACCAAUUGGUGGCAUAUUGUGAUUCAGAUUGGGCUUCUUUUCCAAUGUCAAGACGAUCCGUUUCAGGUUUUUGUGUGCAGUUAGGAGACUCACUUAUCCCCUGGAAAUCGAAGAAACAGUGUACUGUAUCUAAGUCUUCUGCUGAAGCAGAAUACUGAAGUAUGGCAGCUAUAACAUCAGAACUGGUUUGGAUUUCAGAUUUGUUUAGAGAACUGGAUAUAGGUGUAACUGAACCAGUGAGAUUGUUUUGUGACAAUAAAGCAGCCUUUCAAAUAACAGCAAACCCUGUGUAUCAUGAGAGGACUAAGCACAUAGAGAUUGAUUGUCAUUUUGUAAGAGAAAAAAAUACAAGGAGGGCUUAUAGCUACUGAAUAUGAAUCAACAGCAGAACAAUUAGCCGAUGCUAUGACGAAAACCUUGGGGUCACAAUAGCAUAGUCAUUUGAUUUCCAAGUUGGGGUUAAAAAGUAUUUUUAUACCUCCAACUUAAGGGGGAGUGUAGAAAGAGUUGUAGGUUGUUGAAGCAGUUAGAGUAGUUAGUUUCUUUUAUUAUGAAUCAGUUAUACAUGAGUUGUAUAAAUUCAUUAGUAAUUGUAAUUUUAUAUGAGAUAUACAGAUGAAUUUUACAAAACCAUAUUAAUGUUUGUUUUAUGAGUUCAGAUUAGUACUGAAGUAUUUGGUUUUCUAUUACAAA